AUUGUCAUUCUCAUUCGCUAAAAAGCGAGUAAUUUUUCCAAACUCGCAAUUGCGACUGCGAUUUGUCUGGUCCGUCUACCAGUUGAAUGGCAUUAGCUGCGACUCGAUGCGCCGCUUUCCAAGUCGGAACGCACGACCGAAACUGUUUACGUUUAAAUUACAUUAAAGGAGUAAUUUGCGUUAAGCCGCCAGUAGCAGUCGUACAUAGAUUUGCAGUAGCACGCAGAUUUCAACAUACCACAAAGGGCUGUGAAACAUGGACGGUGAAGCUGGGAAAACUCCGGAAAUUGGACGCCUUUGAAAUGUGGAUAUACAGGCGAAUGCUCCGUAUACCAUGGACUACCAACACAACAAAUGCGGCAGUUUUAACUAAAAUGAAUACCCGCCAUCCUCAGUUAACAAGUAUCAUGAAGAUAAGAAAAACAGCCUAUCUGGGACAUUUGAUGCGGCACGAGGAGUCCGAACAACUAGAAGUGGUACUAGAGGGAAAGAUUGAGGGUAAGCGAGGCAUGGGGAGAAAGAAAAAGUCCUGACUGAGGAACAUAAGAGAUUGGACAAACAUGGAUGGUAAUACCCUGAUCCAUCGAGCCCAACAUAGAGGAGAAUUAGCCAUAGUGGUCGCCAACCUCAACAGACACGGCACCUGAGAGGAGAAUAAUAUCACCGCAAAAACGGUUAGCGGAGCCACCAGAAUAGCGAUAUUGCGCAUGCUAAUUCUAUGGGAGACUCGUCGGAGAUUCCAUCUAACGAAGAACAACUUUGCAUCAAAGACCCGUCGCUGUCGGGUCGACGGCGGCACGCUCAACUCUCCGGCAUAGUGCCGAAGAUCAACUAUACAUAUCCGCGUAAGAGUACCGCUUCAUGGGGCAGCCCGGGUAUAGACUAUACAUGCAUUUUCAAAUAUUGGACACUUUCCUGAAGAUACAUAUAUGUAAAAAUUACCGACCAUUUACAUAAUUACUAAUUACAAGAAUUAAUAGAUAUUAUUGACACAGGUAUUUGCUCUAUUAUUCAUAAAUAUUAAUAUAAUUAUUAAUAAAGUAAAUAAGACACGACUUAUUUAUACUCAGAUAAUUUAUUCAGAUAAGAAUAUUCAUAUACUUA